CCGCCCCGCCCGGGCCGCCCGGGCCCCGCUCGUCCCCCCCGCCGCCGCGCCCAUGCCGGGCGUUGGGGCGAUCGGAGCGCGGUGCGGGCACCGGUACCGCCACCGGCCCCGGCCCCGGCCGCGGAAGAGCCCCCGAGAGAGCCCCGAGGAGGAGCCGGGCCAGGCCGGGGCCGCCAUGGACGCGGCGAUUUGGAUCUACCAGUUCCGGCUGAUCGUGCUGGGGGACUCCACCGUGGGCAAGUCGUGCCUCCUGCACCGCUUCACCGAGGGGCGCUUCCCCGGGCCGCUGCACUCCGACCCCACCGUGGGGGUGGACUUCUUCUCCCGCCUGGUGGAGAUCGAGCCCGGCAAGAGGGUCAAGCUGCAGCUCUGGGACACGGCCGGGCAGGAGCGGUUCAGAUCAAUAACACGAUCUUAUUAUCGCAAUUCUGUCGGUGGCUUGCUAGUGUUUGACAUCACAAAUCGACGAUCUUUUGAACAUGUGAAAGACUGGCUAGAAGAAGCAAAAAUGCAUGUACAGCCCUUUCAGAUUGUUUUCCUGUUAGUAGGACAUAAAUGUGACUUAGUAUCACAGCGUGAGGUUACAAGGGAAGAAGCUGAAAAACUGUCAUCUGCCUGUGGUAUGAAAUACAUAGAAACCUCAGCAAAAGAUGCCACAAAUGUUGAAGAGUCCUUUACAAUUCUUACGCGAGACAUCUAUGAACUUGUAAAAAAAGGAGAAAUCACAAUACAAGAUGGAUGGGAAGGUGUUAAGAGUGGCUUUGUUCCAAAUGUUGUACAUUCAUCAGAGGAAGCCGUAAAGCCCAGAAGACAGUGCAUCUGCUGAAUUUGUGGCAUGCCAAAGAGCACAUCAGGUGUUCAGAAGAUGACUCCAACCUAAAUAACAGAAUAAUAAUUCUGAAACAAUAUUAGAUCAUGGCAUAGCUGAAUCAUAGGAUAAUAACUUGGUUUUGUAUCCUUCUGUCUAAUUCAUAACUUCAUAAAACUUUAAGUGCUUUUGUUUUUAUUUUAUUUUGUUUUACAGAGUACAAUAUCUUCGUGUGGUCUUCAGGAAAAGAAAUUAUAUAUUGCUAAAGGAAAAAUUAAUCCUAUAGCAAGACAUUGUGAAAGCGCAAUAAUCACCGUGACAACAUCCUCUCCUGGGCUCUGUAUUUUGAAUACAGUUUAAAAUCAAGCCCUGCUAGGUGAGGAUGAGAUGAGCUUAUUACUUUUGUUCAUCCUGCCUUAGUUUUGGACAAGAAAAUAUCAUACCUUAUACGUUUUUUAUGUGAUUCUUUACUCAAGUGCAGCAUUGCUCAUCAACGUUAAAGUUUAGUAAACUGUAGAAUUUCAUAAUAAAGAUAAUUCUAAAUAAAGCAAGCUGAAAGAUUGCUCCAAUAGCAAACACUUUUGAUAUGACUAUGAAUACAAGCCUUACUAAAGAAAAAGAAUGUUUUAGAAAAGAUGAUUUAUUUGUAUAUGAAAAUGGGUAAUAGAAGCAAUGAAAUUUAGCAAUGAAAUUUACUAUUAAAUAUUUUCUGAAUUACCAAUGAAACUAAAUGUAACAUCACAUAUGAUCCAACUAUUUUGACUUGUAUACAAAAUAGAUUUCCCAACUGACUGAGUUGCAUUUUGGAGGCCAGAUCCUCAGCUGGGUAGUUAUCAUAGCCACACUGAUGCCUAAAGAAUUGCGUUAAUUUACACAAACAAUUUCCAUAUCAGCUUUAAAAAAAAAAAAAUUAUCUACUUCUAACUAGAUGUAAAAAGGAAUUUAAAAGUGCUGUAACCCAUGGGGACCCAGAACUUGCAUUUGAAGAGAAUAAGGAUUGGUUUAAUCUCAGCCAACAAAUGUUAAUUGGUUGCCUAAAAAAUAAAGGUUUUAAAACCAAAACUGUUACAAAUAGAGUGUUUGGAGAGAAAAGAAUUUCUAAAAUAAUUCUUGGCUACAGGCAGCAAAGUUGGAGAAGCCCUAUUCUAAGAAAGCAACACACAAUAGCUUUUAAUAACAAUAAUAAUAGGAGAAAUCUGUGAUCAUGUAGCAUUUUACUGAGCUUGAGGUCAUCCUACUGCUACUACUCUGAAUAUAACACACACUAGCUUUACGCAAACUGUGCCCUAUAUGUCUAGCACUUAAAUACCAAAUAAGUCUGUGUCUAUUUUAUCUCUAGUAGUGUAACAAGAUGGCUUGAUCUCCAGAGUUGAUAAGCAUCUACAGUUUACCUGAGCAUACUCAUAACCUCUGAACAUCAAGCCAAUUACUUUCAUAUAAAGACAUGGUAUCAGGUUACAAUUCUCCAUUUUCAUGAUCAGGGAACAGGUCCAUCUAAUCUUAACCUUUUUCUUCAACAGUCGUGCAAUUGGUUUUCCUUUAGAUUACUUUUAGGUCCUUUUACAAGCCUUUUGUAAAUAUUCCAUGGUAUCAAGACAAGUUGGUUCCAGUCAAUUUCUUCAUUUAGGGCCACUAAAAUUAUUGUCUUCUGAGGGAACAGAAAGGUUAUUCUUUCAAGAGUUUGAGUCUCAUUUGCACUGAGGCACAGUUACCCUGUCAUAGAAUGAUACAGAGGCCUUAAUAUAAACAGGAAUCAGCCUUAAUUCGUUAGCAAUUAAAAUAGUUAGCUAAUUCUAGUCUCAGCAUGCCACAAAGUAAUUGCUGUGAGCCUGAUUCUCUAUUAAACUACACAUUUUAGUCAUUUCUACCAAUUCCAUUUUGAUUUGAGGGCAUUUUAGGCACUCCGAGUAAACAUAAAUAACAGCAGAUGCCAAAAGCUAGUGCGGAAAUCAGGUCGUGUGCAUUUGACACUGAUUAUCAUAGUAGGCCCACGUUGUGUAUCUCAAAAGAUCUUCUCUUAGUUGUUUAAGAGGACAGAAUGGACCAAUGAAUAAACCGGUGGCUGGGGAGCCAACAGGCCUGAAGUCUGCCACUGGUUCACUGUGUGUUUGUGAGCAAGGCAUUUAAGCUUUCUGUGCCUCACCUGUAUCUCAGAAAUGGAGCUGAUCAUUCUUCCUGAUCCUUCAUUCACAAAGUCCUUUGAGACCCCAUCUGACUGUAUGAUCUCUGGUCUGGACUCUUUUCUGUGUGUGCUAUCUGUUGUAGAGCGUUUAGCAGAUGCAGUAUCCAUGGGAUGUGUAUGCUGCAUUCUCCUAUCAUACCAAAAAUGAUUUAAAAGAUUAAGACAGCUAUAUAAGUACCAGGUAUUGCUGUUAUUAUAAAUCUACAUUUCAUUACACAUUACCUUCAGGUUAAAAUCUUUUAUGUUAAACUUUUCUUCCUGAAUACUCUGGAACCAAUGAGCUUUUCAUUCUGUAUGAAGAAAUCUGCGUGUGUGCAGCAGGGAAGGGACUGGGAGAAGAGGGGAGGGAGGGGAGGUGUGUACAGAGAAAUAAACACUCAUCAGAACAGAGCCUUAACGAUCUCUGCUGUGAAUGUUGUACCUGUAAGUGUCUGUCACAUUUAUUACAGUGGGAGUAGAGCUUUGAACCAGAUUCAACUGUGUAAGGAACUGGUGUUGUCAAUGCAACGAGAAGAGAAAUUCACUGCAUUUUAAAGUACUGUGCACAUCGUUGUCUUAUUUGUAACUCCUAAAAAUGUAGAUUAACGUGUACAUUCAAACAUUGUCUAUCUUGAUGAUAUAUUAAACCAAUACCGUACCUUCUCACUACAUGCUUGCAGUUAAUGGAAAUGUCUGAUAAAUAGAUUACUUGCUGAAA